AAACAUCACAAUUUAUCCUUCAGAAAUAUUUCCCGUAGAUUAGAUUCCCAUCACCUGUAACUGAAAUCGUGUGGUUCAAAUAACGAACCACAGAAAACACACAAAUAUCUUCAUCUUCAUUCUCCCUUCUCAUUUCCCUCCCAAUCUCAUCGCUUUCACAUGUCUUCUCUACUCCCUCUCUCUCUCAAUCCUCCCCUCACCUUUAAUCUUCACCGUAAAACCUACACUCCUCUUUUAAUUUCACUCUCCACAUCCUCCAAGUUCCAAAUCCGCGCCACGUCACCAAACUCUGACCGCGACGAAAUCCGAUGGAUUCGCGAAGAACAGCGCUGGCUACGCGAAGAACAACGCUGGCUCAGGGAAGAGCAACGCUGGAUCCGCGAGCGUGACUCGCUGCUUCGCGAGAUUUCCGAGCUUAAACUUCAAGUGAAAGCUCUAGAGAAUCGUAAUUUCGAUGAAGGAGUUUCGGUUUCGGAUACGAUAUCUAAUAUCGCCGGUUUAUUACAGGCGUUGAAGGAGAAGAAUUUGAUUGCAGAGAAAGCGACAGUAGUGGAUGAGGAGAAGAUUGAAGAAGAGGAACAAAAGGAAGUGAUUGAAGAGGAACAGAAAGAAGUUAUCAGGGUUUUGGAAGUAGAAGGGAAGAAAUGGAGGACAUUAAGGAGCGGCAGCGAAGGAGACGACGUUAAAGUGAUGCAGGAAGCAUUGCUAAAACUAGGAUUUUACUCAGGUGAGGAGGACAUGGAGUUUUCCAGUUUCUCAAGUGGAACUGAACGUGCUGUGAAGACUUGGCAAGCAACACUAGGUACCCCUGAAGAUGGAAUAAUGACUGCAGAACUCCUUGAAAGGUUAUUUGCGGGGCAGCAAAUUGAAGAUGCUGGCGCAAAUAAGAAUGUAUAUGAGAAAGGAUUCACUCUGAGUUUUCCAGAGAAGGUGAGCCUGGGAGGUGAGAAUGGAGCUGCAGUUGGUUCUGUGACUGAAAUCUCAGAACUUCAACAAACAGUUGUGGAUGAAAAAGCUGUUACGGAAGUUGAAGUUUCUCAGCAUCGAGUUUUCCUUCUUGGAGAGAAUCGGUGGGAAGAACCUUCUCGACUCACUGGCAGGAACCGACAAGCUUCUGAAAGCAAACCUAAGGAUGCCAAAACCAAGUGCCUUACUUGUCGUGGGGAGGGCCGCUUAAUGUGCACAGAAUGUGAUGGAACUGGUGAGCCAAACAUUGAACCACAGUUUUUGGAAUGGGUAGACGAGGGGACAAAAUGUCCUUAUUGUGAAGGCCUUGGCUAUACAAUUUGCGAUGUAUGCAAAGGGAACACAGAGGUUUAGGUAUGUAAAAUACAUUCAUGCUUGAGUGUAUAGAUGUUUAUUGCAUGUAACAUCACUUUUGAAUGAUAGAUUUAUCAUACACCGUGUUACAUAAUGUAAAGCUAUCCAGUUGUUUAUUA